CUAUGUCUCUUCACCAUCUCCUACGCCGGCUAGCACAAUAGCGGCAGGAACGUGGGGGCGGUGGGGGAUGGAGGGAUGACAUAAAACGAUGCAGGGAGAAGAGGGAGAGAAGAGGACCGCGCGCUCAGACCCCUUCAUGUCAUGUACCUGGAAUAUUUUCAGGAUUUCUCUUCUUUCCUCCUUUUUCCUUCACAGCCUUUUUUUUCCCUCAAACGAACGGCCGCCCCCUCCCCCUUCACCGCCCCCCCGACACACACACACACGAACACACGCGCGCGCACAGACACGUACAUACGCACGCACAUAACAUACAUGGAUAUGAAGGGAGAUGUCUUAUUUUAACAUUUGGACUCAGAAAGAAAUAAGGUGAAGGCAGCGCUUACAUACAUUCACAUCCACGUAAGGGUGAAUCAGACUUUGAACCAAAGGAUUUGAACCAUUUUUUUUACUGUUACUGCCAAUCAAAGUUGCAAAGAUAUCUCGGGGCUUGAGUCGUGACAACAUGGAUGUAUUCGGAGCGCUAUUUGGCGCAUUCGGAGUGCAUCGCCCUCCCAGGACGUGGUGCUGCUGGAGGGUGUUCAUUCUGCUCAGCGUCUUCGUUCACAACUACCUGAGCACCUUGCUGGAUUGUCCGCCCACCUGCACCUGCUCGCCCACUGAGAUCUACUGCAAUAAGUCGGACAACAGCAAAUUCUUCCCGCUGCUGUCCUUCCAGUGCACCGGGAGCGCCGGGAACAGCACAGGCAGCAUUGAGGAUCUUUUCCAGAACAUCACCUCCAUACACAUUGAGAAUUGGACUGGUCUGCAGACCUUGAGGGAUGUGGAUAUGGAGCUCUACAGUGGCUUACAAAGACUUACUAUUACGAGGAGCAACCUGCAUACGAUCUCGACCCGUGUUUUCUCCAAGAACCCACACCUGCACUACAUAAACCUGUCCAAAAACCCCAACCUGACCACACUGUCCUGGCAGAUCUUUGAACAUCUACAACUCUUGGAACUACAUUUAGAAGACGUUGUGUUUGCAUGUGGGUGUGAGAUCCGGUGGCUGCAGCUGUGGCAACAGAGAGGAGAGGCGGGGCUAAGCAGCCAACAGUUAUACUGUGCGGAUCGCUACAGAAAAAUAUUGCUGCAGGAUAUGAACAUCAGCAAUUGUGACCUGCCAGAUAUCAGUGUCAGCCACAGCAACCUCACAGUUGUUGAAGGCGAUCGAGUAACAGCCAUCUGUAAUGGCUCUGGAUCGCCAUUACCUGAGGUGGACUGGCCUCUAUAUGGUUUGCACUCCGUCACUGCUCAUGAGGCUAAUGUCUACGAGAACAACACCGUUCACUCCAUCAACAUAACUUUGGUCAACGUGAGCAGAGAUGACAACAACUUUCUGCUAACUUGCACCGCCACCAACAUUGUAGGCAUGACAAAUGCCUCUGUUCAGCUAACUGUUCACUUUCCUCCCACCAUUGUGAAGCUGAAGGAGCCAGAACGACGCCAUGACACAUGCAUAGAGUUUACGGUUCGUGGUUCGCCGCACCCAACAUUAAGAUGGUUCUACAGAGAUAAGGAAAUUUCCCACUCUGAAUUUGUGCGCCCAGAUAUGGAUAUUUACCAGGAUGAUAUAGAGGGCUGCUUGACCUUCAAAAACCCAACACACCACAAUAACGGCAACUACACAUUGGAGGCUACCAACUACCUGGGUGUAACCACCAGCUCUGUGUAUGGGCACUUUCUCGACAAGCCAUUUGAUGGUGCAGAAACAGAUUAUGAUUACAUAACUCCAACUGCAGAGACUCACAAACCUGAGGAAGAUACUUUUGGGGUUUCCAUAGCAGUCGGCCUGGCAGGGUUUGCCUGUAUGAUGUUGGUGAUUCUCUUCCUUCUCAUCAAUAAGUAUGGACGACGAUCAAAAUUUGGAAUGAAAGGUCCAGUGGCAGUCAUUAGUGGAGAGGAAGACUCUGCCAGUCCCCUUCAUCAUGUGAACCAUGGGAUUGUUAGCCCCUGCACCCUGGAUGCUGGGCAAGAUGCCGUGGUAAUUGGAAUGACCAGGAUACCUGUUAUUGAGAACCCACAAUACUUCAGACAUGGACACAACUGCAGUAAACCUACUACGUAUGUUCAGCAUAUUAAACGGCGGGACAUUAUUUUGAAGAGGGAACUCGGAGAAGGAGCCUUUGGCAAGGUCUUCCUAGCUGAAUGUUACAACCUGAGUCCCACCAAAGACAAGAUGCUGGUAGCUGUAAAGACUCUGAAGGACCCCACUCUUGCAGCCAGGAAAGAUUUCCAGCGUGAGGCUGAGCUGCUGACCAACCUUCAGCACGAGCACAUCGUGAAGUUCUACGGAGUGUGUGUCGAUGGAGACCCUCUCAUCAUGGUCUUCGAGUACAUGAAGCACGGAGAUCUCAAUAAGUUUCUCAGAGCCCACGGGCCAGAUGCCAUGAUCCUGGUGGAUGGGCAGCCUCUGCAGACCAAUGGUGAGCUGGGUCUGUCCCAGAUGCUUCACAUAGCCAGUCAGAUCGCAGCUGGGAUGAUCUACUUGGCAUCACAACACUUUGUGCACCGUGAUUUGGCAACCAGGAACUGCCUGGUGGGAAAUGGCCUUCUGGUGAAAAUAGGAGACUUUGGCAUGUCCAGAGACAUUUACAGCACGGAUUAUUAUAGGGUGGGAGGUCACACUAUGCUACCGAUCCGCUGGAUGCCGCCAGAGAGCAUAAUGUAUAGGAAAUUCACCACAGAGAGCGAUGUGUGGAGCUUUGGAGUCAUUCUGUGGGAGAUCUUUACUUACGGCAAACAGCCAUGGUUCCAGCUCGCCAAUAAUGAGGUGAUAGAGUGCAUCACUCAGGGCAGGGUACUGGAGCGCCCCAGGCUCUGUCCCAAAGAAGUCUACGAUAUGAUGCUGGGCUGCUGGCAGAGGGAGCCACAACAGCGCCUCAACAUUAAAGACAUUCAAAAGAUGUUGUUUACUCUGAUGAAAGCCACACCAGUCUAUCUGGACAUACUGGGAUGAAAAUGCAUACAAAGGGAUGAGAAGUGUUUCAAGUUAGACUCCACUGGAACAAAAAUUAAUACAAUGGAUCAGAAUGGGAUGGAUUGCUGUGGAACAGAAGUCUGGUCUGGACUCAUGGUAAUGCAACCAUGUGAUCUGGGAUUAGGAGUGGAACAUUACCUUGCUUUCAACUGCCUGAAAUAAAAGGAUGGGAAUGAACUUACUUGGGUGGUAUAAUAUGUAUCAAACUGGAUCAUAAUGAGCUGGAGAACACUGCAUUGUUUCACCACCUAAAAAGCUGGGAUCAAGCUUGUGUGGUUCAGUCUUUAUUGAAUGAAAUCAUGACUUAAAAGACUUGAGUAUGAAGUAUGGGUUCCAUUGAGGUAGACUGAAUCGGAUUACCUGAUUCUACUUGUCAAGUAUGGUUUCUUUGUCUCAUAAUGUGGUUACUCUCAUUCUUCAUGUAUGCAUUUCACUUCUUCCCUUCGAGAUCAUUGGUAGCGUGGGUCCUACUGAAGUCUUGAUAAAACUUGAUUGUUUGGAUAUUUCAGUUAUUCAACCCUAGAUUACAUUUAUCUCAUCUUAACAUGUAUUCAUCUGUGUCCCUUUAGAAAUCAGACAUAAGAUGGUUUGAUUCAACUUGACUAAGUUUCAGGAAUCUUAAAUUAUAUUCAAUUAGAGUUAUUUACUUAUGAGGCCAUAUUUGGCUUAAUUUUCUUUUUACCUGGUACAGAGUCGUGGAAUGGGGCAAAUCCAAAGAUGACCUGCAGACUAAUGCUAUGAAUUAUCAGGUUUAAAAAAAAAAAAAAAAAAAAAAGAUAGAUGCUUAUGUAUUCCAGGACAAUCUGGUUUCAUCAUUUACUUAUACUUUAAUAAGUCUUGAGUGUGCCUCGUAAUCAUUUAUGUCAUUUGGCCAAAUCAAAUUUGUCUUAAUGUAAGCAUAAAAAGUUUUACGCUACACAUUCAUAAUGCAGAAAUUAUGAUGAAAUGCUCCACAGUUUCAAUAUACUAACACAUUUACACUUGUUGAAACACUUCUGAAUAUAAUGAAAUUGUUCUCUCUGAAUGAUCGUCACAAUCUUUGAUGGGCGAUGCAUAGUCAAACAAUGAGGAGAAGAAUAGAACUGCUACAUCUUUUCAUGAUGAAAAUUAUUUUGGCCAUGACUACUUCUUAAACCAGUGGCUGUUGCUGCAAUUGUCAUGAAAAGAAUGUCGCAGAAAGAGGAAUCCGCCACUUGCUGUAGAGCCAUCAUGAGUACCAGGCAGCUCUGGUUUAAAGUAAAAGAAAAGCAUUGUUCAUUACCAUGUGUGCUAAUCCCUCAUUUGUUUCAUUUCAUUGUUGUUCACUGAGACAUGAGGUUAGCGAGUUAUCAACAAAGAGCAAUGUAUAUAAGUGAAACAUGCCAUGUACAGUGGCUACUGUGUUCUUAAGUGGUUGCUCAAAGUCCGCACCCUUCACUGUUUUCGUCCUCAAAGUCAUCAUAAAUACACCUCGUAGUCAUGAUCUUGUUAGCCCACUAACCUGUUUACCUCUGCAAGAACCAGACUAGACCUUUCCAUCCUGAGCCUGCAAGCUUGGCCUGAGUGACUGUCUGUCACCAUAGAGAUAGACCUAAGUGCCUCCUACUUCUUUCUGAACGCUGGAACUCAAAAAAGUAGUCUUUUGAAAUAAGAGCACUUUUACAUUUUGUUUACAUGCCAACAAAUGUAAACUAGCUGUAAACUGUCCUCAUUUUUAAACUUUCCUCACUUUUCUUAAAGCAAACCUACUUUCAGCACUCACUUUAUUGCAAAAAAAUUCUCAAAUACAAGAAUGAAAUAGAAACGAUACAGAAAAAAUGUCAAUCCUUGUGAAAAAACAAAAAGCUUUUGUAUCCUUUGCAGUUCGACAAGAGAGUCAAACUAUCCAAGGUGAUAAGGUUACAUUUUCAUUAAAAAAAAAAAAAACAUGUUCUAUAUAUUUUUUAUUUAUUUUUUUAAGUCAAAGAGUGGACCUCUGCAAUUCUUCCAAAGCCAUCAGGACACCCUACCACUUGAUCAAUUAAAAACAACAAAUACAACAAAACAGCAUUACAAGGAAAACAACUGGCUGAGAGGAAAUCAUUAAGGAAUACCUUAGAAGAAGCUGAUUUGCAUAAUGCGAUUUACCAGGAUCCAUUCUGACUUCAGAUGUUGGACAUCAACAACAAACAUCUUUCUGACAAAAUAGCAUUACUUAUCUGGAAGGAUAAAGACGGAGCCACCAGUUAUUACAUAAAAAUGUUCUUACUUUUUAAAAAUAUGUAUAUACUGUAAAUUUCUAUAACUUGAGAUAUGUUCACAUAUUUUUUUUUAAAGUUUAAUCAUGUCUAGCUUCUUUAAGUAUUAUAUGGUUGACUGAAAACCAGCAGAUGAUUUGAUGUUUUUCUUUCCAGUUGUGAUUUACUAUUCUUAUUUAAUUUCUUUACACAUUUUAAAAAUGUUAGUUUAUUUUAGUAGAUCAUUUGGUGAUAAUUUAAGAGUCAGGACAAUAGCAGAAAGAUGUAAAAUAUUGGGCAAUGUUCUUACACUGACCUAUUCGAGUACUAUUCUAGGUUCAUAAGCAUUCUUCAGUGUUUCAGUAGAAUUGUAUUUGCCACUUGUUAUCCAGGGUCAUAAAACGAUCAAUAUGAGUUCUAUCUCUGUGUGUCUACCAACAGUGUUUUGUCCAAUAUGGCUGCAUUUUACAUGUGAUGUGUACAAUUUUCCUACCUUAUCAUUAAGAGUUACAUUUCCUUUUGUCUCUAGAUAGAUAGAUAGAUAGAUAUCUGCUCACAGUCCUGGACUUGUAGUACAAAGAUACUUUGCACUCAUGUCUGACCAGUCUUUAUUUUCCUAAAAUGUAUUGAGAAUGAAAUGAUGGAAAUAUUCAGUUGAAUUUGGCUACUUAAGUGUUUUUGCAAUAAAUAGACCUAUUCAUUUGGCUCAAACAGCAUAAACAAUUGGCCUAGCCAGCCUUGGGAUUUGACGCAUUUUUACUCCCCCCACCCCCCCACCCCCCGACCCCCCUAUUAUGGCUGAGAAGGUUUCUGUGCCACAGCAGCUACACUAGAGAAUAAUUUCUUUGCGGAAAAUUGCAUAUUUUGUUUUGGGAUUUUUAACAGUGAAACACGACAAUGUAUAUUAACAUCCACCUGAGCAUCUUUCAUUAUUUUGAGAUUAUUGCAUUGCAUUGCAUGUUUGCAGAAUAAUAUAUGUACUUUGUGCAGGUGUCAUUUACAUAUAACAUAGCAAUAUGAAUUAUUCUAAUGUAUAGAUGUAACUGUUGAAUUCUCUCACAUUGGAAAACUUUUCACAUCACUUCUUCACAAAUCAUUUUUAUCAGCUCUGUCUGUUAAAAUGCUGGUCAGCAACCUCACCCUGUGCAGAUUUUCAGUGUUUAAGAAAUACAGCAAGGCUAUGCUUGAGAGGCUGUAAUGUACUGAAGCGCUGUGCUGGAUGGCUCAUUGCAGUCACUUAGGUAAUGUAGUCUAUGAUAUUACAAAUAUCAUGAACAAAUGAAAGAACACAAACUUUCACCAUCCAUUUGCCUUUGCAGGAAGUAAGCUUUGAAUGUGUCCACACAGUCAGCCACGAACGCUGGAGUUCGCUUAGAAGACUUUGUCGCAUACGCGCGUAGUCGGUCGUACCUGCAUAUUCUACACACACACGCACACGCACACACACACACACACACACACACACACACACACACACACGCAUUAUACCCAAGCAUGCACACGGCCAUUGUAGUGUAGUUGCUGUGCAGCACAUAAAUUUUGGGUUGCAUGCAAAAACAUGAAGGAAUGGACUUUUACACCCUCGUGGAUGCUUGCAUACUCAUGGACACUGAAAAUAAAACACUUACUGUGCCUUAGCAUGUCCUUCCAUAUGGUGAGAGAGAACUUUGGGGGAGGGAAGGGAGUGGUAAAUGACUUUAUUGUCACUAAGAUAAUUCAGUAACAUUAACCAAAGCAGAUGUUUUUAAUUGUCCAACCUCAACCAUAAACAUGAUUGUCAACAAUAUCAAAGUUGUCAUUUGACUGGUGAUAUGGUUGAAAUUUUGCAGACAAAUUGAACUUUCUUUUCUUCAAAUAUGGAUAAUAGAAACAGUUAAAAUUUCCCAUGUGCAAGUACAUUUUUGAUCUUUACAAGGCCAGAAUUGUAAGCUAUUGCUGAUCCACUGAAUCCUUUGCAGACCAGCUUGUUUUGAACUAUUUAAGACUAUUAGUGAAGCAGACAGGCCAGGAAAACGUAACUGCUUCUUCUGAUUCGUCUUGUUUACAGCUGGAACGACCAAUUUCAACAACUUCAACAAAAUCUUUGUGCAAAACACCUCAAACUAUCAUUUAAGAUACAGAUCGCACUGCAAGAAUGUGCUUUGUAUGAUCACAGCCAGAAGCUUUCAUUGAGUGGGUGUCUCAAUCUUAUUUUUAUUCUUCGACUUCUUUUGUUUAUUAUUUUGUUUAGCUGUUCAUUUCAAACUAUACCAUUCUAUACUCAUUUGCUCAUUUCUACUCUUUCAUUUUAUAUGUUAUUUAAUUAUUUAGUCUAUUUUGCUCAUGCAGUUAUUCUCUGCCUUUCUUUAAGUCAUUUUCCUGCAUCAUGUUUCCUAAACAACGUAUUUAUUCUGAAUAUGUUACAAUCAUCAUUACUCGAUAAUAAAUAAAUGUCUUUCUCCUUCUCCUCUCUCUCUCUCUCUCUCUCUCUCUCUCUAGUGUUGUAUAUCCAACUCCAUACACAUAACUCUGUCUAUUAAAAUAAUUUGACAACUUAUAUAGCAACUUUCUAGAAAGCUGAGAUGUGCUGAACUUUUAAGGUGGCUCUGUGUAUGAUUCUGACUCAUUAAAAGUAACUUCAUUGA